AUGGACUCUGAUCUCGAUAAAGCUACUGGUUCGUCGAGCAUUCAUUUCGUCAUGUCAUUGGCACCACUGAUAAAGCAAAUCUGCGCUAUCAGGAGAAAGCCUGGCCUGACACGCAAGGAGUAUAUGGAUUAUCGUUACCGGAUCCACGGAGCCAUUGUUGAUGCACCCGAGAACAAAGACGAAAAGCCACACAAAUACAUCCAAACUCAAGUAUUUGACUCCGUAUUUGGGGCACGCGAUGGGGGACCAUUGAAUGCCAAUCAGCAUUGGUUCGGCCGUGACGAUGUAACAGAGCUCUUCUUCAGAGACUGGGGACAUGUGAUGCGUUGCUUUACGUCCGACUAUGUGACGGGAAAGGUCGGCCCAGAUGGGAUCCAGUUCGCCGACUAUGAGACCAACAUCGUGCUGAUGGCCUACGAAAAAGACCUGGAAAUCGCCACGCGGCUUGCAUCUCGGCGCAUCGAGCUCGGGUUGGACAUGCUUCAAGGGCGCGCGACAGUUGCUCAAUACUUCAUCUCUAGUGCCGAGCACGGGACAGAAGGGGAGAAGCUAGAGCCCACGCUUACUCCGCUCCUCAGAGCUGCUCUCGAGCAGCAUUGCCACGACGAUGUAUGGGGGUUGAUGGCCGAUAUUGGCGUUGAAUCUGACAAGUUUGAUCUCGCCUCAUACUUCGGAGGUAGAGAUAUGCCGCGCUUCUGCUUGGUAUACAAGAUCUUUCUCCACAAUCAUGCCUCGGUACCGAAAUUCAGGAGGAGUCAACACAGCUUUGAAGAUGGUGCGCAAGCACACUUUGAUCUGAAUUCGUCUUUUGUUUUGUUCGCAGAGGAAGCUUUAGUCAUGGAUGUGGACAAGGAUAUCAGGUUUGCUCUUGAUCGCCAGCUUACUUUUCCAGACCUGCCUGGUCCCACGCACUUGCAACCUUAA